UCUAUCUAUCUAGCAAAUUAUUAUGUUUUUUUUAAUGAAACGACUAACUGGGAAAGACUAAUAACCUUCACUUGUGUGUUUAGAAUUGACAAACUGAGAAAAUGGAGAAGAGCUUCACUCUAGUUCAGACGGUCCUCACUGCCGGAGUUUUCUCUGCCGUUUCCCUCUGGUAUGGAUUCAUGUUCGGAAGAGAAUCUGCUCGAAAAGAGCUCGGCGAUGUGAUUGAAAAUCUUCGCCGUGGAGACCAAGACCAAAAUCCUCCUCCGCCACAUUCUUGAUUCCAACUUGCUCCCUGUUGACUAUGAUUCAGCCACUUAAGAGGACUGACUUAUGUGGCAUCUUACCUGUCAUCUUUAGUUAAGUUAGUUGGAGUCUUAUGCCUAUAUAUAUAUUGCCUUUGUAAAGGGGCUUGGGUACUGAGAGAGUUUUAGACACUUAAACACUUUGUGAGAGAGUUUUGUAACAGAGAGAUUUAGAAGAGUAAAUUGAGACAAGUCUCAUUGGUGUAAAGAUCUCUGUAUUGUAAUACUCUAUUGAUCAAUAAAGUAAGCCAUUAUUGUGGCUGUUCGGACCCUUGGAUGUAGGCUCUUAAUUGAGCUGAACCAAGUAAAUUCUUGUGCAUUUUGUUCUACUGUUUUAUCUAGUUCUAUUGUUUGUUGUUUCUCAACACUCCUACAGUUAAAAUUUUCUUGCCACCAAAGAGGGAAUGCUGUACAUUUUCGUACCUGAAUACUGCUCCAUGCUUAAUUUUCUUUUAGCUCCUCAGUUUUUGUUAUAGAACACAGCUAGUCAUGUAUUCCCAUUUUGCAAUGAAAAUGGAUCUUGAUGGGUUCUUUUUGUUUUUGUACUAUAUCAUGUUAUGGGCUGUUUAUGUACCUGAUAUAUUGUUUAAAUCUACACAAUUGUUGCUGAAGAUUAUUCUUGUUAGUUC